GCGAUUUGAGUAUGAAUGCAGAACAACAAAAACGGAAACGAAACCCCUCUUCUCCUCUUAUUCUUCUUCGUCUACUGAACUUUGCACAGUGCAUCAGCAUGUUCAUCUUCACGCGCCAACACAUCUAGUCUCAAUGAACGCUAUUUCGAGCUUUUUCUUUCUUCAAUUUCUCGGGAAACAAUCAAUCAUCUCAAACCUAAACUCCAACUAAUCGCGAAUGGCGGUUUCCGAAGAAGAAUGCUCUUCGGCGAAGCCUGGUCCCUCUUCGCCUUCCUCCUCCUCGCGUUACUACCUCUCUAAGUGCGUUCUCAGAGGAAGCGUCGUUCUUCAGGUCCUCUACGCUCACAUUCGUUCUCCAUCUUCUUACGACGUCGUUUUUGGCAAGGAGACAUCUAUUGAAUUGGUGGUCAUUGAUGAGGAUGGUAAUGUUCAAUCUGUUUGUGAUCAACCUGUUUUUGGCACCAUCAAAGAUCUUGCUGUGUUGCCCUGGAAUGAGAAUUUUCGUUCACGUGAUCCCCAGUUGUGGGGUAAAGACCUUUUGGUUGCUACAUCUGAUUCUGGGAAGCUGUCUUUGCUCACAUUUUGCAAUGAAAUGCACAGGUUCUUUCCUGUAACACACAUUCAACUGUCCAAUCCUGGAAACACAAGGGAUCUUCCUGGAAGAAUGCUUGCAGUUGAUUCCAGUGGUUCUUUUAUUGCUGUCAGUGCUUUUGAAGAUCGGCUGGCUCUUUUCUCUUUGUCAACAGCCAGUGGUGAUAUAAUUGAUGAGAGAAUAGUAUAUCCUUCUGAGAGUGAAGGGAUUGCGAGUACUUCCAGAAGCAUCCAGAGAACGAGCAUACGUGGUACCAUUUGGAGCAUGUGCUUUAUUUCACAAGAUUCCAGACAACCAAGCAAAGAGCAUAAUCCUGUGUUGGCUGUUAUUUUAAAUAGGAGAGGAGCACUUCUAAAUGAAUUGCUAUUAUUGGAAUGGAAUAUUAAAGCACGUAAAAUCUUUGUUAUUUCUCAGUGUGUUGAAGCUGGGCCUCUGGCACAUGACAUUGUUGAAGUUCCAAAUUCUGGUGGACUUGCAUUUCUAUUCAGGGCUGGUGAUGUUCUCUUAAUGGAUCUUAGAGAUCAUCGCAACCCAUCUUCUGUCUGUAAGACAAACUUAAACUUUUUACCCAAUGCCAUGGAAGAGCAGAAUUAUGUGGAAGACUCUUGUAAAUUACAUGAUGUUGAUGAUGAACGCUUUAGUGUUGCUGCCUGUGCUUUGUUGGAGCUGAGUGAUUUUGAUCCUAUGUGCAUAGACAGUGAUAAUGGUGGUGCUAAUUCUGGUUACAAGUACAUAUGUUCGUGGAGUUGGGAACCUGGAAAUAAUAAAGAUCCUAGGAUGAUCUUCUGUGUAGAUACUGGGGAAUUUUUUAUGAUCGAAGUUUUUAUUGAUUCUGAAGGCCCUAAAGUUAAUCUGUCUGAGUGUCUCUAUAAAGGACUACCUUGUAAAACACUUUUGUGGGUUGAAGGUGGAUAUCUAGCUGCCCUUGUAGAAAUGGGGGAUGGUGUGAUCCUGAAAUUGGAAGAUGGAAGGCUAUGUUAUACAAAUCCUAUUCAAAACAUUGCACCAAUCUUGGAUAUGGCAGUUGUGGAUUAUCAUGAUGAGAAGCAUGGUCAAAUAUUUGCUUGCUGUGGUGUGGCACCUGAGGGGUCAUUAAGGAUUACUCGGAAUGGUAUUAAUGUAGAAAAACUCCAUAGGACUGCUUCUAUAUAUCAAGGGGUAACUGGUACUUGGACUGUACGAAUGAGAGUUACUGAUUUGUAUCAUUCUUUUCUAGUUCUAUCAUUUGUUGAGGAGACCAGAAUAUUGUCAGUUGGCUUAAGUUUUACUGACGUCACUGAUUCAGUUGGUUUCCAACCUAAUGUCUGUACGUUGGCAUGUGGCCUUGUGAAUGAUGGUUUGCUUGUUCAGAUCCAUCAAUCUACUGUUAAGCUUUGUUUGCCCACUAAGGCUGCUCAUUCUGAAGGUAUCCCUUUAUCCUCUCCUAUUUGCACAUCUUGGUGUCCAGACAAUGUGAAUAUCAGUUUGGGGGCAGUUGGGCAUAAUUUCAUAGUUGUGUCAACCUCUAAUCCGUGCUUUUUGUUUAUCCUUGGGGUUAGAUUGCUAUCAGCUUAUCAAUAUGAAAUUUAUGAAAUGCAACAUUUGGUACUGCAGAAUGAAUUAUCAUGCAUUUCCAUCCCUGGACAAAAAAAAGAGCAAAAACAAUCAAAUUCAUCCAUUUCACCAAAAAAUGAUAGUUGCACCUCUUCUUUUCAAAGUGGAGUGGAUGUCAAUAAAACCUUUGUUAUUGGCACACAUAGGCCUUCUGUGGAAAUUUGGUCUUUUGCACCAGAUGGAGGAGUUACAGUAGCUGCUUGUGGGACAAUUUCAUUAACAAAUACAGUGGGGACUGCUAUAAGUGGCUGUGUACCUCAAGAUGUACGGCUUGUAGUUGUUGAUAAGUAUUAUGUUCUUGCUGGAUUGAGGAAUGGAAUGCUCCUUCGCUUUGAGUGGCCGGCAGAAUCAUCUCCAUCACCAAUAAAUGUGGUGGAUACUGCUUUAUCUUCUAUUAAUUUGGUAAAUUCUGUGACUCAUGCUUUUGACAAGAGAAAUGACCUUCCUUGCACGCUUCAAUUGAUUGCUAUUCGUCGCAUUGGCAUUACUCCAGUUUUCUUGGUGCCCCUGAGUGACACACUUGAUGCUGAUAUAAUUGCUUUGAGUGAUAGGCCUUGGCUGUUGCAUAGUGCAAGACACGGCCUUUCCUAUACUUCUAUCUCAUUUCAACCAUCCACACAUGUGACUCCUGUAUGCUCUGUUGAGUGUCCAAAAGGAAUAUUAUUUGUUGCAGACAACAGUUUACAUCUGGUGGAGAUGGUCCACAGCAAGAGACUUAAUAUGCAGAAGUUUCAUUUAGAGGGCACUCCACGGAAGGUUCUGUAUCACAAUGAAAGCAAGAUGUUGCUUGUGAUGAGGACUGAACUGAAUUGUGGUACAUGUUUGUCUGAUGUAUGUUGUGUGGAUCCCUUUAGUGGGUCAGUACUGUCAUCUUUUAGAUUUGAACUUGGAGAAACAGGAAAAUCCAUGGAAUUAGUAAGAAUUGGAAGUGAGCAGGUGCUUGUGGUUGGAACUAGUCUGUCUUCUGGUCCAGCCAUAAUGCCCAGUGGUGAGGCUGAGAGUUGCAAGGGUCGUCUUCUUGUUCUCUGCCUUGAUCAUGUGCAAAAUUCAGAUAGUGGCUCAAUGACGUUCUGUUCCAAGGCAGGUUCAUCAUCUCAAAAAACUUCUCCAUUCCAUGAAAUUGUUGCAUAUGCUCCUGAACAGCUAUCGAGCAGUAGCCUUGGCAGUAGCCCUGAUGAUAAUAGUUCUGAUGGCAUCAAACUUGAUGAAAAUGAAGUUUGGCAGUUUCGACUGGCUUGUGCAACUAGAUGGCAGGGAAUGGCACUUGCAAUCUGUCCUUAUCUUGAUCGUUACUUCUUGGCAUCUGCCGGCAAUACUUUCUAUGUUUGCGGUUUCCCAAAUGACAAUCCCCAAAGAGUGAGGAGGUAUGCUAUGGGAAGGACGCGUUUCAUGAUAACAUCUUUGACUGCACAUUUUUCUAGAAUUGCUGUUGGUGAUUGUCGUGAUGGUAUCCUUCUAUUUUCUUAUCAUGAGGAAGCAAGAAAAUUAGAGCAACUUUACUGUGAUCCAGCACUGAGGUUAGUCGCUGAUUGCAUUCUCAUGGAUGCUGAUACAGCUGUUGUUUCAGAUCGUAAAGGAAGCAUUGCUGUUUUAUGUACAGAUCAUUGGGAAGAAAAUGCAAGUCCAGAAUGCAACUUGACAUUAAGCUGCACAUAUUUCAUGGCAGAGGUAGCCAUGAGCAUCAGGAAGGGCUCAUAUUCAUACAGACUUCCAGCUGAUGAUGUUUUGCAAGGUGGCAAUGGCCCCAAGACAAGUGUUGAUUCACUACAAAAUACUAUUAUUGCUAGUACUCUGUUAGGAAGCAUAAUAACCUUCAUCCCUUUAUCAAGGGAAGAAUAUGAGCUCUUGGAAGCUGUGCAAGCAAGACUUGUUGUCCAUCAUUUGACUGCGCCUGUUCUUGGAAAUGAUCAUAAUGAGUUUCGCAGUCGUGAAAAUCCAGUUGGAGUACCCAAGAUACUUGAUGGUGACAUGUUGACCCAGUUUCUGGAGUUGACGAGCAUGCAGCAAAAGAUCAUUUUGUGUUCUGAGCCACCAGAUAUGGUUAAAUCAAGUUUGAAGCCAUUACUACCCCCCCAUGUUCCUGUAAAUCAGGUGGUUCAACUUCUUGAACGAGUUCAUUAUGCUCUGAACUAAACACACCUUUAUUCCCCGUUCCAUGUCUUUUUUUUUUUUUUUCACAACGAUACGUGGAAAGUGGAAUAUGCAUAUGCAGUUCCAAAAAUAUUGUCCGUCAAUGGUUGCUUACCUUCCUGCCUGACAAUGUGUUGUCUGAUAUGGAACAUGUCACCCCCAUUGAUUGUGCAAAGCUAACAAUCACGGGAGAAGGUUCCUGCUCGUCAACAACAGCUGCACAGUCAGCAUGACACUUGGGCAAGGUCUCAGCCCUCUUCUAAACAGAGUCUUUUGUCUCUGUUCUUGUUGUAUUUUUCAUAAAUUAUACAGUAGGAAAAGGUCUUUGGCCCAAUAAAUUGUACAUUAGCAAAUUUAGUGAGAGGAGCAUUCUUUUUUUUAGGAGUUAUUGUAUAUUCAAUAAAAUUAUUUUUGUGAGAUUUUUAGUCUCUUAGACCUUGUAUAAUUAUCCAUUACUCUCGCUUAGGUUUUUUUCCCGGCGUGUGUGAAACACUUCAAAUGAAAUCAUCAUUUUUACAUUC